UCCGGGGACACGGACGUGACCCAUCGCCCCGCCCUCUUCUACUCUCUCUUUCCGGUGGCGGAAUUUGGAGAAGACGUGCAGAAAUGGCACCUCGCAAGGGAAAGGAAAAGAAGGAAGAACAGGUCAUCAGCCUCGGACCUCAGGUGGCUGAAGGAGAAAAUGUAUUUGGCGUCUGCCACAUCUUUGCAUCCUUCAAUGACACUUUUGUCCAUGUCACCGAUCUUUCUGGCAAGGAAACCAUCUGCCGUGUGACUGGUGGGAUGAAGGUGAAGGCUGACCGAGAUGAAUCCUCUCCAUAUGCUGCCAUGUUGGCUGCCCAGGAUGUGGCCCAGAGGUGCAAGGAGCUGGGAAUCACUGCCCUCCACAUCAAACUCCGGGCCACAGGAGGAAAUAGGACCAAGACCCCUGGGCCCGGGGCCCAGUCAGCCCUCAGAGCCCUUGCCCGCUCUGGAAUGAAGAUUGGGCGGAUUGAGGAUGUCACCCCCAUCCCCUCGGAUAGCACCCGCAGGAAAGGGGGUCGCCGUGGUCGCCGUCUGUGAACAGGACUCCGCAAGUUAUUGUUUUCUGUUAAUAAAUUGCCUUCAUGUAAGCUA